AUGAGUUCGAUCCGUGAAGCAUCACAUGCUGGAAGUUGGUAUGAAUCUGAUGGAAACUGUCUCGAUCAACAAUUAUCAGCAUGGCUUACAGAAGCUAACGGCAGUACAAAUAGUCGACUAAAAGCUCGUGCUAUCAUUGCACCACAUGCCGGAUAUACUUAUAGUGGACCAACAGCUGCAUAUGCGUAUAAAUCAAUUGAUCCGACAGAUAUCGAUCGUGUAUUUCUUCUUGGUCCAUCGCAUCAUUAUAGCUUAAAUACGUGCGCAUUAACUACCCAUGCAUUCUAUGAAACGCCCUUGUAUAAUAUUAAAAUUGAUGCGCAAAUAUCAGGUGAACUUCAUAAGACAGGCCUCUUCUCGCUUAUGAACAAACAACAAGAUUCCGAUGAACAUUCAUUGGAAAUGCAUUUACCAUAUAUCGCAAAAGUUUUUGAAAAAAAAGGCAAAGACUUUCAAUUAAUUCCAAUCCUGGUUGGUUCCCUUGAUUCAUCAAAAUUAGAAAAAUAUGGGCAAUUACUAGCACCGUAUUUAUGUGACCCAAGAAAUUUAUUUGUUAUCUCAUCGGAUUUUUGCCAUUGGGGCCGACGAUUUUCCUAUACUCCACAUAAUCCUGAAGAUGGUGAAAUCUGGCAAUAUAUCGAAAAAUUAGAUCAUAAAGGAAUGGAAUUAAUAGAAAAAUUGAGCUUACCUGAUUUUCAUUCGUAUCUCCGUUCAACUGAUAAUACAAUAUGUGGCCGAUAUCCAAUAAGUCUUUUACUAGCUGCAAUUGAACAAAGUAAAAAGGUCGUCCCGUCAAGUCAAUUGCCAAAAUUCUCUAUGCAAUUUGUCAAAUAUGCUCAAUCGAGUCGUGUGAAAAAAUCAAACGAUUCAAGUGUUAGUUAUGCAUCGGCUGUUCUGACUCUUGUUGGAUAA